GACAGAUCGGCCUCGCGCUCCACUUCCUGUCUACAGUUUGUUUGUGUUGUAUGCCGCGGAACUUCGUACCGGACGUGUCCGUGCGAUAUUAUCGUUCCUCGGGUGUUCGCGGAGACAUUAGUUAUGUAAUUACUAUGUAAUUAACAUAUGUGUAGUUGCGUGCAUUAUUAAGACCACUAGAUAAUGUGGUGCUGCAGCGGGACCGUUACACUACAGUUAGCAUGCUUAGCUAACCGGCUAUCUCUUUUUAUAUAGUUCUUCAUGCAUUUUCUUUUUCUUUUAUUCUUUUUUCGUUAAAAACCUGCACAAGUCAGACUUGAGGAACACCAGGCACUGAAAUUAACUAAACUGCACAAACAUUGGCUGAGUAUGAGCUGAGGAUGGCAGGACGAGGGCGAGGAAGAGGACGGGCUCAGCUCAGUUUUCCUGUGGAGGCCGUGGGAAUAGGCAAAGGAGAGAAUCUUCCCCCUUCCACUGUCCAGCCUACACCACUGUUCCCUCCCUUGGAGCACAAGCCAGUGCCACUGCAGACAGGAGAAGAAGCAGAAUAUAUGCUAGCUCUGAAGCAGGAAUUCAGAGGAGCCAUGAAGAGUCUGCCUUUCUUCAUACGACCAGCAGCACCCAAGAAAGAUGUGGAGCGCUACUCUGACAAAUACCAGAAUAUGGAACCAUCUGACAACACCAUUGAAUGGAGCCCAGAUUGGAAACGCUUACCGAAGGAGCUGCGUGUGAGGGUGAAAAGGCCUCCUAGCGAGAGAAGUUUAGCCAUUUCUAAAAGCAGCAAACAGCCACAAGUGGAUAAGGAAAUCAUCCGCAAACUGGAGACGCUGGAGAAAAAAGAGGAGGAGGUGAGUUCUGGCGAAGAAGAGGGCGAGAAGAAAAAAACAGAGGAGGAAGAAGCAGAGGUAGAGGAGGAGUAUGAUGAGGAAGAGUUUGAAGAGGAGACAGACUACAUCAUGUCAUACUUUGACAACGGGGAGGAUUUCGGGGCAGACAGUGAUGACAAUAUGGAUGAAGCUGUUUACUGAUGGUGGACUGCAAUCCACAGAUGAUAAGAUGAGCAAAUCUGAAUCCUCCAUGCAAUAAGGACUGCCUGGAUGGCUGAUGAUUUCUUUGGGCAGCUGAUUUUCUUAUACAGGAACACAUGGAAUUCACUUAACCAUGUGGUUGGACAUAUGGAUUAUAUAUCCAUGAGACUACUUUUAUAAAUCAAUCUCAACCUUAGGGUGGAUGUCAUGAAUCCUAACGCACUGUAAAAGAUUUUCAACUUUACUCACUGUAUUUGAUUUCUACUUAAAUGCCCAGUGGGAUAAAAAAAUCUGACCGAAACUCGUUACCUUGUUAAACUAAAUUGGUCGACUUGAAGCUGUUAAUAUACGGUAAGAAAACAGUUUAUUCAGCACAGUUAAUUUUACAAGUUGUAUUUGAGAUUAGAAAAUGGAAAUUCUACAGUGUAUAAAAAUACACACAGUGUAUUACUGAUGUACUGAUGUGUUGGGCAGGCUGAUAUCUGUAUAUUUUGUUUUUUCAUUAUUAGUGACAAUUUAAACUAGAUAGUUUUAACAUUUUUACUAUAAUUUUCAAAUUGUUACAUAGUUAACAAGCAGCACAUUUUGUAUACAUUUUAAAGUUUUAUACAGUUAUUUGAAUAUUAAAUGUCGUAUUU